AUGAGUCAGUCCUGGCUUAGCAAAAAGACUCAGGGAGUCCAUCCUCUGAAUCCACCUGCGUCUCUGGGCUGGCACAAGGUAGGUAUUCUCAUAUCAGGGUCUGGAAGCAACAUGAAAAAGCUCAUCGAAAGUUCUCAGACUCCCGCCAGUUACUGUGAGGUGGUAGUGGUUAUUUCGAAUAAACCUGCUGCGAAAGGUCUAAAGGUGGCUGGUGAAAUGGGAGUUGAAAGUUUGUGUAUUCCACAUACUCAGAUCAGAGAAGAGGGAGAAGCAAAAAUUACUGAGGCGCUUCGUGAUAGAGGCGUUCAGCUCAUCUGUCUUGCGGGUUACAUGAGAGUACUUUCGAACAGUUUUGUGCGAGAUUGGCGAAAUAGAAUAAUCAAUAUCCAUCCUUCAUUGUUGCCUUCUUUUAAAGGUGGGCAUGCAGUACGUGAAGCGCUUAAAUUUGGGGUGAAAGUGACAGGCUGCUCGGUACACUUCGUAGAUGAGGAGAUUGACCACGGCAAGAUAAUUGCACAGUCCCCAGUGACGGUAGAUGAAGAAGAUGACGAAGCAUCACUGCAUGCAAAAAUCCAAGAGAAAGAACAUCAGCUUUUUCCGGAAGUCAUGCAAAAGCUAGCAAAGAGUAUAACGAAAUCAUCAUUAUGA